AAUUGCCAUAAAUAUAUGAAUUAACUUGUUACUAUAAAUAAAAUUAAAUACUUAAUUGUUUCAAAUCAGAAGAAAUAUAUACAAUUAUUUAUAAUUCAACCGGUAAUUUUACGUUGAAAAUGAAUGUUUAGCAAUAUUAAUUACGAAAUCACAAUGGUUACAAAAUUAAAAAGAAUUUUACUACGAAAGGUUUUUACACAAUCUGGAUUGGAAUCAAACGUAAAUACUAUAAAUCUUAACCAUAUGCAUGUUUCGUAUAAGCAUAAAGAAAAUAUAUUCAUAGUAAAUUUAGCAAGUGAUAGCAUACAUAAAUUAGAAAAAGGAAAUAAAAACCAUAAAAGCGAUAACCGUGAGCAGAUAGCAGUGGAUAUAGACAGGAAUCUUUUUGUAAAAUAUGUUUUAGAAAACAUUAGUCAUGAACCAUUGCCUAAUCCAAAACCAAAGAAAAUUGUUAUUGAUUUUAGUUCACCAAAUAUUGCAAAACCAUUUCAUGUGGGCCAUUUAAGGUCCACAAUAAUAGGUAAUUUUAUUGCAAAUAUAAAUAAAUAUUAUCACAAUGAUGUGGUAAAAUUAAAUUAUUUAGGUGACUGGGGCACACAAUUUGGUCUUUUGCAGUAUGGCCUGCAACAGAAAAAAAUUGCAGUUCAUGAUCUCUGUAAUAAUCCUAUUCAAAAUUUGUAUGAAGUAUAUGUGCAUGCUAACAAGUUGGCUUCCAUUGAUGAUAAUGUACAAAAACAGGCUAAGAAAUACUUUUCCGACAUAGAGCAAGGAAGGUCUGACUUGGAAAAUUGGAGAAAAAUUCGUGAAAUAACUGUCCAAGAACUAGAAAAAAUAUAUCAUAGAUUAGGCAUAACAUUUGAUGAUUAUCACUGGGAAUCGGAUUACAAUGGUGUCGCAAUAAAGACAUUAAUGGAAACAUUAGAGAAUCAAAAUAUUAUCACUACUGAUGAUUUAGGGAAGAAAGUAGCAGAAUUUAACAAUAGGGCUAUCACUGUUUUAAAGAGUGAUAACUCUACUCUAUAUCUAUCCAGAGACAUUGCUGCACUAUUAGAUAGGUAUCAAAAAUAUAGUUUUGAUAGGAUGCUAUAUGUGGUAGACAAUGCUCAAACUGAUCAUUUUGCUGCUGUAUUUCACAUAGUUGGGAAACUAAAUAAAGAAUGCACUGAAGGCUGUGAACAUGUAAAAUUUGGUAGAAUUAAAGGCAUGAGUACAAGAAGUGGAAAUGUUGUGUUUCUCAACAAUAUACUAGAUGAAGCAAAACAGAAAAUGUUUGAAAAACAACAAGAAUCUAAAAAUACUAGAACAUCGGCUAUAAAUGAAGAAACUUGUGACAUACUUGGUACAACAGCAGUUAUAUUAAAUGAUUUAAAACAGCGUAGACAAAAAGACUAUGUUUUUGAUUGGGACAGGGCACUGCAGAGUGAAGGAGAUAGUGGAAUCAAAUUGCAAUAUCUUCAUUGUAGACUUUGGAGUUUAGAAAACAAUACUGGUGUAACAAUUCCAACAUUUUGUGAACCAGACUGUCUUACUGAAGAAAUCAUUGGUGAAGUUGUAGCAGAAUUAGCGAGAUUUGAAGAAAUUCUAAAUCAAUCAUUAAAAGUAAAAGAAGCCUGCAUCAUUGUUAAUUAUUUAUUUCGUUUAGCCAGACAUGUAAAUAGAAUGUUUAAUGACCUUAAAGUUAAAAAUGUUGAUAAAGAUCUAGGAUCUCAAAGGUUGCUAGUUUUUCAUUCAGCAAGGAUUGUAAUUAAGACAGGCUUGGAAAUUUUAGGUGUCAAGCCUUUAUAUGAAAUGUAAUUUUUUAAAGAACAUCAUUCACCAGUUUAAAGAUAAAUG